AUGCGGGCGCGCCCCUGCGCAUUCAGUCUCAGCCGGCUCUGGAGUACAAUGUCGCACCAUCCCACGCACUUCGGUGCCCCGGCCUGUUCGCGCUGCGUGGCGCGGGCGGCCGGUUUGCUAGCACUCCAUCCACGUCCGCGACACGCAGUGGCGGGGGAAACCAGGCCGCCGCGCCGGACAAGGCGUCGAAUGAUGGAGAGGCUGCGUCCCUGCGCGGGCGUUGCGGAGGCAGCGGGCGUGAGACUGUCGCGAGAGGACUUGGUAGCUCUCAAGGGGAAACUGCCGCUGAGUACCGCGGCCGAGCUGCCGGCGGGGUUCCGGCCGCCCGUGAUCUCCCCCGACCCCGCAGAGUACGAGGCGCAGUGCGAGGAGAAACGCCAGCGUGUCCUGGAGUUGUUUGGCGAGCUCGGGGUGACGGACGUGGAGGUGUUCCGGAGCGCGCCCCUGCACUACCGGCAGCGCGCUGAGUUCACCAUCUGGCACGACCGCGAGGCCAACACCGUGGUGCCGGUCAUGUACGCCGCGCCGCUACCUGGCACGAAGAUGGAGGGUGGCAAGGGGAGGGUGUACGCCAUCCCGCUGGAGGUCCCCCUCGCGAGUCCAGGGUUCACUGUCGCCAGCGAAAAGAUCAACGCCGCGCUGCAGCACAUCCUCGCCAAGGCGGGGGAGUCCGAGGUGCUGAAGACAAAGCUGUUCCAGAUCAACCUGCAGACGACGCUCUCCGGCGAGCUCAUGGCGUCGCUGCUGUACCACCGCAAGCUGGACGCGGAGUGGGAGGCGGCCGCCGCGGACCUGCGCGACUCGCUCGCCGACGCGACGGACCUGCCGCGACCAGAGGCGGCCGUGGGGGAGGCCAGCACGACGCUGCGGCGCGGCGAGGCGCCGGAAACCGGCGCGGGGGGGGUGUCGGACGCUCUGCCGCGCGCUCCGUCCAUCAUCGGGCGCUCGCGGCGGCAGCGCAUCGUGCUCGGAGACGACGCCGUGGUGGAGGAGUUCGAGCUGCAAGGGCGGGGCAAGCUGCGGUACCGGCAGGUGGAGGAGUGCUUCUCGCAGCCCAACGGCGCGGUGUGCAGGUCGAUGCUGGAGUGGGCGAGGGACGCGGCGCGCGCGUGCGGCGGCAGGGGCGCCCUGGUGGAGCUGUACUGCGGCAACGGCAACUUCAGCGUGGCGAUGUCCGACCUGUUCGACGAGGUGCUUGCCACGGAGAUCUCGCGCACGUCGGUGCGUGCGGCAAAGUGGAACGCCGCGACGAACGGCGCCGCCAACGUCCGCGUCGCGCGCAUGAGCGACGAGCAGUUCGCGGCCGCGUGGCACGCCGGCGAGGCGUGCGAGCACCUGGGCGUGCAGGACUGGGCACAGCACGACCUGCGCUGUGCACUUGUGGACCCGCCGCGCGCGGGCUGCGACCCCGGCACGGUGCGGCUGUUGUCUGAGUUCCCCCGCGUGAUUUACAUCUCCUGCAACCCGGAGACGCUCCUGCGCGACGCCCGUGCGCUCGCCGAGACGCACGAGGUCGAGCGGAUGGCGAUGUUUGACCAGUUCCCCUACACGCACCACUCCGAGUGCGGGAUGUGCCUGGUCAGACGGUAG